AUGAGCCGUCCCGACAUCACCCUGUAUACUGCCCAGACCCCCAAUGGCAUCAAAAUCUCCAUCGCAUUGGAGGAGCUAGGUCUGCCCUACAAAGUCGAGAAGAUUGACAUUUCCAAAAACACCCAGAAAGAGCCCUGGUUCCUGGAAAUCAACCCCAAUGGCCGCAUCCCCGCCAUCACCGACACCUUCACAGACGGGCAAAAGAUCCGCCUCUUCGAAUCCGGCAGCAUCCUCACCUACCUGAUCGAACAAUACGACCCGGACCACAAGAUCUCCUUCCCCCGCGGAACCCGCGAAUACUACGAAAUGAACAGCUGGCUGUACUUCCAAAACGCCGGCGUCGGACCCAUGCAAGGCCAGGCGAACCACUUCUCGCGCUACGCGCCCGAGCGCGUCGAAUACGGCAUCAACCGCUACGUCAACGAGACCCGGCGUCUGUAUAGCGUGCUGGAUCAGCAUCUGUCUACUUCCGCGUCUGGGUAUCUGGUCGGUGACCACGUUAGUAUUGCGGAUAUUUCGCACUGGGGGUGGGUGGCGGCGGCGGGUUGGGCUGGUGUGGAUAUUGAGGAGUUCCCCCAUGUCAAGGCGUGGGAGGAGCGCAUGGCUGCUCGCGAGGGCGUCGAGAAGGGUCGGCAUGUCCCUUCGCCGCAUACGAUUAAGGAGCUCAUUAAGGAUAAGGCUGCUUCGGAGAAGCAGGCUGCUGAGGCGCGGGCUUGGAUUCAGCAGGGGAUGAAGGCCGAUGCGAAGCAUUAGCUGUAGAUUUUAUUGCCACUUUAUAAUGAUUUGUAAUUUUGCUCAGUAGCAGAUGAGAUGGUUAUGGUGCUGUAUCCUGUCAAUAGUUUUAUAUUGUGAAAGCGUCAUUCAUUCAUACAACCAUUUUAAUCGUACACUCCACUGAUGGUUG